CAAAAACAAGUUGCCAAAAAUUAAAUAUAAAUACAAAUUAACUAAGAAACAACCUGUGGAUCGUGUAAAUACAAUUAAAAACACAUUCAAAAGCUCCAAAAUAACAACUUGAGCUGAAGAAAUGCAAGAAAGAAAAAUUGAACAAAGAUAAAUCAAGCCAAAUAUAAAUACAACAUUUCAGUCCAAAAUAAAUCACAAAAAAAAGCAAACAAACAAAAAGCAGACAAAAGAAGGAAAGGAGCGGAAAGGAAGGAAGGGAGGAGGCUGAAAUUGCAACAGAAAUUUUUGUGAUAAACGCUGACAAUUUGUUGCACGUUGAAUGAUUGCCAUAAAGGCCAUCGAAAUGCAGCACAACAACAGCACUAGCAGCAGCAGUGGCAGCGGCGGCGGUGGCAGUGGCAAUGGUAGCCAUCUGCAGCAGCAGCAGCAGCAGCAGCAGCAGCAACAGCAAAUGCUGCACCAACAGCAGCAGCAACAGUUUCAGCAUGAUUACGUUUGGGCCAACAUCGGAAAUAUCAGUGGCAACAACAGCACCAUCAGCAAUGCACUGCAGCUGCAGCAAGAGCGAGGCGCCUCCUGGAUAACGGAAUGCAACAAGCAACGCCACAUUACCAACAAUAAUAACAACAUGAAUGUCAAUUACAAUCAGCAUUUGACGCAACAGCAACAACAGCAGCAACAGCAGCACAGCAGCAGCAGCAGCAGCAGCAGCAAUUCCUUGCCCCCACCACCACCCCAUCAGCUGGGACUGCAACAGCAAUUCAAGCCACACGGCAAGUGAUUCAAAGACAUGUA